UGACGGUCAUGACGGCGGGUGUCUGUACCGGGCCGGACCCGAAGUCCUGCCCAGCCAGCAACGCCAGCGUCCCCCUACCCGAGGGGCCGGCCGACCUCCCCGUCCUGACCCUGUCCGGAAAGAUCCGCGUGUCGCUCACUUUCUUCCUUUUCCUCGUCUCCACAGCCUUCAACGUCUCGUUCCUGCUGAAGCUCGGGAAAGGGGGCCAGAGGCAAGAGAGAGGCAAGAAGAAGAGGCUGCCCCGAAUGAAGGUGCUCCUCAAGCACCUGGCGGUGGCCAACCUUCUGGAAACUCUGAUCGUCAUGCCCCUGGAUGGGGUCUGGAACGUGACGGUGCAGUGGUACGCCGGGGGGCUUCUCUGCAAAGCCCUGAGCUACCUGAAGCUCUUCUCUAUGUACGCCCCCGCCUUCAUGAUGGCGGCCAUCAGCCUGGACCGCUGCCUGGCGCUGACCAGGCCCCUGGCGGUGAAAAGCCUGACCCAGCUUGGACGGGGCCUAAUUGGCCUGGCCUGGCUUCUCAGCGGGGCCUUCGCUGGGCCGCAGCUCUACAUUUUCCGAGUGGUUUACAUAACAGACAGUUCCGGGAAGAUGGACACUUUCUCUCAGUGUGUGACUCACAGCAGUUUUCCAGAAUGGUGGCAGGAGGCUUUCUAUAACCUCUUUACCUUCCACUGCCUCUUCAUUGCACCUCUCUUCAUCACGCUGGUCUGUAAUGCUAGAAUCAUCUUCGCCAUGACGCGGGGCCUGCGCCAGGAUCCUCAAAGCCUGGAACUCAAUCGAUCCAACAACAACAUCCCCAGGGCCCGUUUGAAGACGCUGAAGAUGACUGUGGCGUUCGCUGUCUUAUUUACCGUUUGCUGGACUCCCUACUACAUCCUGGGAAUUUGGUAUUGGUUUGAGCCAGAAAUGCUAAAUAGGGUGCCCGACCCAGUAAGUCACUUCUUCUUCCUCUUCGGCUUACUAAAUCCAUGCUUGGACCCGCUAAUAUACGGGUAUUUCUCUCUGUAGCGGUUGCAUCUCCAGGGCGACAGAAAGUCACACAGCUUGGCGCUCUCUGGACAGAGAGCGCCCGAGGGAAGCCGCGUCCAAACAGAGCACCUCUUUAAAUCCUUUCACUGUUCCCGUUUUCUACGUCACCGGUGCCUCUCCGUCGUUCCCGAAAUGGUUGUGCAUCCACCUCCGCAUCAAGCAGAAACCCCUCACCGGCGGUUUUAAAGCCCUCAAUCCCCUCGCUCCCUUCUACCUCUCCUCUCUACUCUCCUACUACAACCCAGUACGCACACUUCCCUCCUCUACUGCCAACCUCCUCACUGUACCUCAAUCUCCUCCAUCUCCCGACCUCUCGCCCAUCUCCUACCUCCGGCCUGGAAUGUUUCCUCUUCCCAUUCGACAGACAGUUACUCUCCCCCGCUUCAAAGCUUUAUUGAAGGCCCAUCUCCUCCAAGAAGCCUUCCCUGACUAAGCCCUCCUUUCCUCUUCUCCCACUCCCUCUGGAGAAGCAGCGUGGCUCAGCGUUAAGAGCCCGGGCUUUGGAGUCAGAGUUCAUGGGUUCGAAUCCCGGCUCUGCCGCUUGUCAGCUGUGUGACUGUGGGCGGGUCACUUCACUUCUCUGGGCCUCAGUUACCUCAUCUGUAAAAUGGGGAUUAACCGUGAGCCUCACGUGGCACAAUCUGAUGACCCUGUAUCUCCCCCAGCUCUUAGAAGAGUGCUCUGCACAUAGUAAGCGCUUAACAAAUACAAAUAUCAACCUUACUUUGACUUUCUCCUUUUAUUCCUCCCCCUUCCUAGCGCCACAGCACUAAUGUACAUAUCUGUAAUUUUAUUUAUUUUAAUGUCUGUCUCCCCCUCUAAACUGAAAGUUCCUUGUGGGCAGGGAAUAUUGCACUCUCCCAAGCACUUAGUACAGUGAUCUAAACUUUCAGUUAUGUCCACUAUAUACCAGUUCUAGGUCCUUUUGUCCCAUUCGACCCCAUGUCCCGAACUUGGCAUGAAAUAGGGAAGAUUUUUUUUAACUGCUUACUAAUAGGAAGCACCUGCCUGAUUUUGAUAAGGAAAAUGAAUAUUCAGGAAAGACUAAUCCCUUCCGUUCUUAAUCAAAAUGUAAACCUUUGCUGUAUCGAGCAUGCAAACUUCAUGGAUCCGAUUCUCCUGAGGAAUAAGCAGACACUCAAUGGAGCAAAAAAAAUCGAUAGUGUUUAUUAAGCACUUAUUGGGGGCAGAGCACUGUACUAAGCACUUGGAAGAGUGCAAUAGGGUAGAACUGGCAGGCACAUUCCCUGCCCGCAAGAGGCUUACAGUCUAGCGGGACCAUUGAAGACACUUUGCCUCCGCUCAGUCCCCUUUCAAAAAACUGUGCCUUCCCUCUAGGCCUUAUCAUUCAUCCCAACACUUGUGUGAACAAUAAACACUGUCAGCCCGAAGG